CACUGCUUUUGAAUCAGUUUAUUUUUAAAAAAAGUUCGAUAUUAUUAAUAGUUAUCGAGAAGUGUUUGCGGAAUAAAAUUGUUUCUGUUUGAAGCAUGAACUUGAUUAACUGAAUAAACAUCAAAAGUAUGUUCGUUCUCCAGACAAACUGAUAUAAAUAUUCAUCGGGUACCUCACACAGUCAGUAGUGAUAGUAAAGUUCGUCUAGAAAAAAUUUUAAAAAUGUGGUCCUCGAUUUUUUUACUACAUUUGUCGGUAGUGAUACUUUCAGUGACUACAAAUGAAUACCAUACUCCAGAUAAUAAUAAAGAAUCGACAACCUGUGGAUAUAAGGCAUGUGCAAAAAUCGAUCCGAAAAAACUAAAUAUCCACAUUGUACCUCACACUCAUGAUGAUGUUGGGUGGUUACAAACAUUUGACCAAUAUUACUAUGAAAAUCAAGAUGAAUUAAACCACGGAGGAGUUCAAUAUAUCCUGAAUUCAGUAAUAAGAUCUUUGCAAGAAAGUCCAGAAAGAAGAUUCAUUUAUGUGGAAUCAGCAUUUUUCUUUAAAUGGUGGGACCAGCAAAAUGAAAAAGUUAAGACAAUUGUUCGAUCCUUAAUUGAUGAAGGAAGACUCGAAAUAAUUGGUGGAGGUUGGAGCAUGAAUGAUGAAGCAGUGACCCACUAUCAGUCUGUAAUUGAUCAAUUUUCCUGGGGCUUCAGGAGAUUAAAUGACACCUUCGGACAAUGCGCGAGGCCAAAGAUUGGAUGGCAAAUUGAUCCUUUCGGACACUCAAGAGAACAGGCAUCAAUGUUUGCCCAAAUGGGGUUCGAUGGUCUACUUUUUGCCCGUAUCGAUUAUCAAGAUAGAGGUAGACGAUACGGUAGCAAAACAGCAGAAUUCAUUUGGAGGGGUAGUCCCAGUUUAGGCGAGAAUGCUAAUAUAUUCACAUCCGUACUUUUUAAUCAAUAUAGUGCACCGGAUGGUUUUUGUUUCGAUGUUACUUGUACAGAUGAAGCUUUGAUUGAUGACCCUGAUAGUCCAGGAUACAACAUAGAUCGAAAAGUGGAGGAAUUUUUGUCCUAUGUCCAAAGUCAAGCAAGCUCCUACAGGACAAAUAAUAUUCUAAUUACUAUGGGAAACGAUUUUGCUUACAAAAAUGCUGAUAUGUGGUAUACUAACUUGGAUAAACUCAACAAGUAUAUUAAUUUGCUAAAUGGAACCGAUUAUAACGCAAUUUAUUCAACACCGUCUUGUUACAUAAAAGCUCUAAAUGAAGAAAAGUUAGCAUGGUCAUCAAAAAGUGAUGAUUUCUUCCCUUAUGGUAGUGAAUGGAAUGCAUAUUGGACUGGUUACUAUACUUCUCGACCAACGAUUAAAUUUUAUGAAAGAAUGGGCAACAACUUUUUACAAGUAGUUAAACAACUUUCAGUUGUAAGCAAUGAGCCAGAUAACUUGGCAUUGGUUAAAUUCCGUGAAGCCAUGGGCGUCUUACAACAUCACGAUGCUAUUACAGGAACAGAAAAAGAAGUCGUUGCUCACGAUUAUGCUAGAAUUUUAUCUAAAAGUAUAAACGAUGGAGAGAAAAUUAGUUCCCACACCUUGAGAAAAAUGUUACAAAAUGGAAAAAAAUCCGAAAAAACGGAAUCUCUAGAAUUCUAUUCUUGUCCAUUAUUGAAUAUAAGUUCAUGUCAGCACACAGAAGUUAAUAAAAACUUUGUUGUUACCGUUUACAAUCCAACGAGUCAGCCUCUUAGAACUUUUGUCAGACUUCCCGUCACAGGAAAAUCUUAUCAAGUAUUAGAUUACAUAGGAAACGAAGUCGUAACACAAAUAGUACCAAUUCCGACAACAAUUCAAAAAAUUCCUGGUCGACAAACCUCUGCUUCAGAUGAACUUGUAUUUUUAGCAACUGGAAUACCUCCUUUAGGAUAUUUGUCAUAUUACGUUCGCAAAAAUGAUCAUAGAAAGCGAGUUAUGGUGAACGAUUCAAUUGAAAAUCCAAAUACUCAUGCAUCGAAUAAGGCAUUUAGUAUCAGUGUUGACACAACUGGGGAAGUUAUUAUCGAAUCUAAAAUUGAAAAAGGAGUUAAACUAACACAAUCAAUCUAUUACUAUGCGGGAGUCGUAAGUGAAUACCCAGGAAAGUGGAUGGCUGGAAAUAACGGUCGUGCUUCUGGUGCCUAUAUCUUUAGACCAAAUGUAACUACUGGAAUCAGAGGUUUUCCCUAUGAUGGAAAUGCGGCACUAAUCAGAGGUCCCUUGGUGGAAGAGCUUCAUCUAACCAUCAACGAGUGGAUCAGCCAGGUUGUUAGAGUUUACGAUGGAGAAGAAAGAAUCGAAUUUAGCUGGCUUGUUGGUCCCAUUGAUAUCAAUGACGGUAUUGGAAAAGAAAUAAUAACUAAAUAUACAACAGACUUGCAAUCAAAUGGUGAAUUUUUAACUGACAGCAAUGGUCGAGAAAUGUUAAAACGAAAGAGAAAUGAACGACCAACAUGGAACUUAGACCUCGACGAGCCAGUUGCUGGAAAUUACUAUCCAGUAACGACGAAAAUCUCCAUAAGCGAUGAAGAAAGAAAAUUAAAAAUGGCUGUUCUUACUGACAGGGCACAAGGAGGCAGUAGUUUAAGGGAUGGUGAAAUUGAACUGAUGGUUCACAGAAGAUUGUUGUGCGAUGAUAAUUUUGGUGUCAACGAAGCUCUAAAUGAAACUGCUUAUGGAAUAGGAUUAGUAGCUAGAGGAGAACAUUCUGUGUUAAUUGGAAGUCAGUCCGAUUCAUUUGUACUUCAGGAAAAAAAUAAGGCUAUAAGUUUGUCGCUUCGACCUUGGAUUUUUAUUACUCCUCUUGAAACCACAUCCUAUGAUGAUUGGAAGACAAAUUAUAGGAUGCAUAGUUCUGGUCUGGCUGAAAGGUUGCCUUCCAACAUUCAUAUCUUGACUCUAGAACCUUGGAAAGAUGGAAGUGUUUUGUUGAGAUUGGAGCAUCUCUUCGAAGAAGGCGAAUCAAUCGAAUAUUCUAAGCCAGCUAAAAUAAAUCUACAGGACCUGUUCUCAGAUUUUAUCGUAACUGGAGUUCAUGAAACGACAUUGGGUGGUAAUCAGUGGUUGGAGGAUAUGGAGCGUCUCAAAUGGGUUCCCGACAAAGACUAUGUAGUAGGAAACAAUUAUACUGUUAAUCCCAUCAAUUCUAAAAUCAGAAAUGAGAUGGAAGUGCUAUUGAUGCCCAAGCAAAUUCGUACCUUUGUUGUGAAUGUUUCACCACGCGUUAGUAAUACUGAUCCCAGGUAUAUGUAAUACUAAAGCAGGGAAAGAUAAACGGUGCUAAGUCCGCUUUUGACGAAUUUUAAUUUUCUUCAAAAAUCUUACUUUCCUGCUUCUUUACACUUAUUUACGUGCAAAAUUUAAAUUUUAUAAUUUCUACUAUAAAAUUGAUUACGUAAAUGUAUCAAGAGAUUAAAUAAUUUUAGGCAAUUCAAACUGAAUGAAUAAGGUGUACUAAAAUAAACGAUUGAUGUGCUUUUUCAUUUGCAAUACAUAGUACGCUCCCCAGUGGGCCCGAAAUUUGGCGACGUCGUUACGACAUGGUUACGACAUCUUUACGACAACUUUGCGUCAUCCUAUGUCCAUGUCGUUUCAGUGUCAUUGCG